CUCCACUCACAACAUCCUUCAACAAUAAGAUCGCGCACACUUCCACCCGAUAUCCUAAGUAACUGCUCAUAAAAUCAAGCGACAUGUCUGAAGCACCCGAAAAUAUCGUCGAACACGCCUAUGAUCACAUUGCGCAAUGGUAUCUGGAAUGGGUUGAGAGCGACAUGUCACCACGCCAACGAUACACAAAGAGAUUCCUCGACAGAUUACCGGCCUCACCAUCCGUUCUAGAGCUUGGCUGCGGCCCUGGUGUGCCUGUAUUGAAUAUGCUGGUCGACCGUGGAGCCCAAGUGACAGCAAACGACAUCUCUGCCAAGCAGAUUGAAAUGGCUAAAGCUCGUUGCCCGAAUGUAAAGUUCGUCGCUGGUAAUAUGGCCACACUUACGUUCGAAGCUGAGAGUUUCCACGGCGUGCUCAGCUUCUACACCUUGUUCCACCUCCCUCGCGCCCAACUUGAGGAUUUGCUCGCCAAGAUCUACACAUGGAUCAAGCCUGGAGGUCUCUUCGUUUUCAACCUUGCGGGCCUUGACGAAGAAGAAAUUCAUGGCGAGAUGAUGGGUUACGGGAUGUUUUGGAGCAGCUACGGAAUGCAAAAGAAUUGCGAAAUUUUGGAAGAUAUAGGCUUCGAAUUGUUAGAGGUUGAGACUGUGAAGGCAGGUGAUGGCAAGCUGGAAGAACAUGAGCCCGAUUACGAGUCUGAGUUUGUCUGGGUCAUGGCGCGAAAGCCGGAUGCUAACAAAGGAGAGAUAUCAGAGGGUUGAAGUUAACGUGAGUGAUGAGCAGGGGGUACACCCUACCAAACUUGCUCAUUUCUCUGCGUGUUCAAUCAAGCACGGUACUAGUAUAUAGCGAUUCAUUGUACCCAAGUACAGGAACAAGCGUUCAACAAAUUUGAA